ACCCGGAAGUGCGCCCCGGGCGGCCGCCAUGGCCCCGGCGUCGCGGUCCCGCAGCCCCGCCGCGUCCCCAGGUUCCCGGCGCCGGAGCAGCCACGGCCGCGGCUCCUCGCCCAGCCCCUCUCCGCCCCGCCACAGCCACGGCCACGGCCACGGCCGCCGCUCCCGCGAGGCUUCCAAGGCCCCCAGCCGCCGACAGGGCCGCAGCCGCAGCCGCUCCCGGCCCCCGGCCUCGGCUCACCACGGCCACCACCACGGCGGGAAGCUGUGGCCCGAGGACUACGAGAAGGAGAAGGAGGAGCUGCUGCGGCAGAGGAGACUAAAUGAGAGAGAGAGAAUUGGAGAACUGGGAGCACCUGAAAUCUGGGGGCUUUCACCAAAGGUUCCUGACCCAGAUUCUGAUGAGCAUACUCCAGUGGAAGAUGAGGAGGCAAAAUCUAAAAGCAGCUCUUCAGAUUCCAGCUCAGAAGAAGAGAAAAAGAAGAAGAAGAAAAAGAAAAAGAAGAAAAAAUCAUCAAAAAGGAAACGCAAAAAGCAUUCUGAGGACAGUGACAGCGAGUCCGACUCUGAGCUGAACUCCAGUGAUGAAGAUAAAAAGAAAACCAAGAAGAAGAAAAAGAAGCACAGAAAGAAAAAGUCAAAGAAGAAGAAGAAUAAGAGAAGUCGUAAGGAAUCUAGUGAUUCCAGCAGUGAAGAUUCGGAGGAUGAAGCGCUUCAAGGGGAAGAUCUCUGGAUUGAGAGAUCAAAAAAUACAGAAGCUGACAGUUUGAUUGGGCCAGAAGCUCCAAAAUCGCAUGCCUCACAAGAUGACAGGCCUUUGAAUUAUGGCCAUGCUUUGCUGCCUGGUGAGGGUGCAGCUAUGGCAGAGUACGUAAAGGCUGGAAAACGCAUCCCCCGAAGAGGUGAAAUUGGCUUGACCAGUGAAGAAAUUGCAUCGUUUGAGAGUUCUGGCUAUGUAAUGAGCGGUAGCAGGCAUCGGCGAAUGGAGGCCGUGCGUCUGCGUAAAGAGAACCAGAUCUACAGUGCGGAUGAAAAGAGAGCUCUGGCAUCUUUCAACCAGGAGGAGAGGCGGAAGCGAGAGAACAAGAUCCUGGCAAGCUUCCGGGAAAUGGUCUACAGAAAAACUAAGGGCAAAGAAGACAAAUAGAUAUCCUUGUGGGUGGGCAGCACUGAUUGCAGUACACAGCAGCUAACCUGCUCCUGCGAUUUGCAAGGAGCUGUCCAGUGGUAUAGUGCCUUCUGUCUGACCUUCCGGCCCUCUGGAAUAGAUUGCUUGUAUCGAGGAAGCACAAUUACUCAUGGGUAGUUUGCCUGAACAGUUCAUUCCCCAGCUGCAGGGAACUGCCGUAAGCAGCAGUACAGAAUCUUGGGUAAUGAAAACGAGCAGCACAAAGGGAAGGUUUGUGAUCAUAGUGAUGGAAAUGUGCUGUAUUAGAGAGUGAAUCGGACACAGCAGGCUGGCACCAUCUGCCACAAGAGGGACGGGUCACCUGCUGGUGAUAUGGAUAAAUGCCAUUUCCCAUUUAUUUUGACCAAUGACUAUAGACUUGUCCAUCAUAAACUGGCUACUUGUAGUAGCAAAACCUAGGGAAUUCCUGAGCUUCUGUUUAGGAGCUAAGUUUAUUGAUUUAUUACAUAUUUCUCCCAGGUUCUUUAAAUAUCUGCUUUCGUUUAUUUAUCUUUCUCAGAACCAAACACUUGGAUUGUUUGUACAGCUACACUUGUAUAUAGAAAUUUGUAAUUAAAUACGGAUCGGCUUCCAUUACUUGCAGAUAAUUCUGUUGCAAUCGCUAUGCUGUCAAAGUAGUAAUGUUGAGGGUUACUACUGACCUAGAACCUGCAAAAGCCUGGGGGCCAACUAGCUGGCCUCCUUUUGGGGUAUGCUGUACAUUGAUCUCACUGCAAUAGUAGAGCUGGUGGAAGCCCUGGACAUACAGAGGCAGGAACUGCAGAUGCCUCUUUCCAUUCUGAAUUUCUUGGUUCUUGGAGACAUUCCAGAACUAACCCUUCACCUUACUUUAAUCUGGGACCUUGACUUCCUUUGUCUGAGCAAUAUUACAUUGUUUUUAAGAUCUGUGUUGGAAGGCUUCUUCCAGAUAAUGCUUAUUCAGUGUAACCUUACUGAGUCAUCAUCAGGCAUGUAUUUGAGAAUAGCACUCUCUUUAUAUGCUUUAACUUACGCUUCCUGAAUUUUUUUUUUUUUUAUUAAAGCAUUUUCCUGAGGCUUUUUUAAAUCCCUGGGUUUGGUGUGCUUGUGGUGGAAAUAAUUUAUAUGUUUCUAUAAACACCUACAAAAAAUCCCA